AAAAAGAUCCUCAAUCACAUCACCAUUAUUUCCAUUCCUUCCUCCUCUUCCUCUUCCGAGAAACCAAACCAAUCAAAGGAGGCGGCUUUUUUUCAUCGACGACAACCUUAUCCUAAAUCUCACAACCAUGGCGGUUGCUCUGUCGUUUGUUAGCGUUGAAAAGCCGAAUGACUGAUGUGGAGGGAGAUUCUGACGUUUUGUGUGUAUGGUGUUUCUAUGCGUGCAAAGGUUGCUAUGGGUGCUAGGCUGCAUACAUCUAACCCUCCUCAGACCUCCGAAUGGUGGGAGGAUAAGGGUGUACCACUGCCAAAGUUUGGUGAAUGGGACGUCAAUGAUCCAGCAUCAGCGGAGGGGUUCACAGUAAUCUUCAACAAGGCUAGGACUGAGAAAAAGACUGGUGGCAGACCUGAGUCACCAUCAAAGGAUGACUGCACAUAUAAGCAUGGAGCAGUUCUCGGAAAGCCUACCACUAAAAAAUGGUUUUGCUGCUUGCGUGCGGAAUCGUGAGGAAGCUCCCACCAUGUCGUAGAUUUUACAGAAAAUGCUAUUACGUAUUUAUGUCCCCAUGCCGUUAUAUAUUCCAGAAGACUGGAGCUAUGUUCAAAAGCCGUGAUUGGUCCUGCUGGAAUCUGUUUGCUGUCUUUUUGAACAUUUGGUAGAAUUGUGGGCUUAUUUGGGGAGACAAAUGAUUGAGAACGUUGCUGUAUUAUGUUUGUGUACUGGUAGACUAAUAUUUAUGUCGAGUUUUUUUCGUAGUUGUUGAUUUCAA